AUGUCAUUCCAGUUUGGAUUUUCCAGUCAGGAUCUUAGCGAUGAUGAACUUAAUGAUCAACAUCGCGACGAUAUCGUUGACUCUGAUGCUAUUGGGAAAACAGAAGCUCCGCCAAUCAAUGCUUUAGACCUGCCACAUUUGAAAUCUUCAAGUCUAAAACAACCGAAAUGGGAGUCCAUUGAAAGUAUUUUACAGAGUCUAGUAGACGUCAGAGUCUCUUUCGAAAAGAUACUCACACCGCAAUGUUCCAUUCCAUUGUAUCGCAGAGAGCUUUUUGAUGUUAAACAUCAGUUGAUGACUGAGUCGGAGGAGAACGAAAACACAGAGGAACAAAUAGAGCUGGAGAUUCUGAUUGGCGAGACGAAUGAGGAUCUAAGGAAAAACGUUUACGAAGGAGGUUUGAAGUCGUGGGAAUGCUCUAUUGAUUUGGUAGAAGCACUUUCAACCUCUGCGCAUCGGGGAACUCUUCAUUCUACCAUCUUGGAACUGGGAUGCGGUACAUCGCUGCCGUCUGAAUAUCUUUUUGGCCAGCUCCUGUCUGAAAACACUCAAAGAUGCGACGUUUCCUUUAUUCUGGCGGACUAUAACGAAUCUGUGCUACGACUUGUAUCUCUGCCCAACCUUAUUAUAACAUGGGCGAUGCAGACUUUGAACCCACAGGAGCUAAUGGAGCUACAACAAGGAGACAAUGCCUCUAUCCCAGUGAUGGAGAACGAACUCUUGUUCACGCAAUCGCUGAUUCAUAAGUUUCAACAAGACAUUUUUGCUCGUGGUAUUGUCCUAAGACUCCUUUCAGGAACAUGGGGCCGUGAUUUCCACAACUUGGUGUCUACUACUCUACAGGAUUCAUCGUCUGAGCUCCUGGUUCUGUCCUCUGAGACGAUAUACCAACCAGACAUGCUUCCUGUAGUUUCCGAUCUCAUUUUACAGCUGCUGAAUGAUUCCCAGUCACAGCAACGCAAGGCAACAGCUUUGGUUGCUGCGAAAGACAUCUAUUUUGGUGUUGGAGGCAGUGUUAUCGAAUUUCAAAACUAUAUCCAGAAAAGAAUAACCGAUAGUUCACUGAAUCUCGCGUGGCAAACAUUCAAGGUACAAGCUGGGCUCAAGAGGUCCAUUGUUUCGAUUCGUGACGCCGAAGCUGAAGCUUGA